GGAAAAUGGUUGAACCCAGCUACUUGCUUCCUGUCAGUCUUCAAGCCGUGAAUAUCUGCGGUUUCAAACUCCUGCAAGAUUGUGCAGAUGCAGUGAUGCCAAGGCUGCUCCAGCAGGACUAAAACAAAGGUCAGUGUAGUAGAAGUAAAGGACAACUUAAAUAAAUUACAGAUUCCAUCUGAAACAACCAAAAUGGCGUACGCACAAGUGCGCUUGAAAAUUCUCCCCAGUGUUCGUUGUCUCUUUGAUAAACUGGUGCAGAUAAAAGUUGAAGGGCUUGUUCCUCAUAAACCAGUAAAGCUGAGGUCCAAACUGGUUGAUGAUAGAGGGAUGAUUUUCAAAGCUUCUGCCCUUUAUAAAGCUGAUGAAAAAGGCCAAGUAGAUGUCUGUAGUGCACCCUCUCUGGGAGGCAGUUACACCGGUGUGGAGCCUAUGGGAUUAUUGUGGGCCAUGGCACCAGACAUCCCACACACUAAACUGCUGAAGAAGAAUGUGCUCACCCCAACACUGGUGCAGUUUGAAGCCCUGAGUGAGGAGACUGGUAAGGUCUUAGCAUCAGAAACCAAUGAGAGAGGAUACAUGACUGAAGGGAUGAAAAGAAUACCUCUACAAGAGGGCAAAAUACGAGGAGUCCUCUUCAUACCUCCAGGAAAUGGUCCAUUCCCAGGAAUUAUUGAUUUGUACACUUUAGGUGGAGGCCUUACUGAACCCAGAGCCAGCCUCUUGGCAAGUAAAGGUUUUGUGGUUCUGUCACUGGCAUAUUAUCGUUACCAAGGUUUACCUAAAAACCCUGAAAACCUGGAUCUGGAGUACUUUGAGGAAGCUUUAACAUAUCUAAAGAGUCGACCAGAGGUGGAAGGUCCUGGGAUCGGGAUCAUAUCCAUCUCUCAUAGUGGUGCUCUGGCCCUGGCGAUGUCCUCUUUUUUCUCUGGGAUCUCAGCAACUGUCUUCAUAAAUGGCUGCAAUGCAAAUGCUGUGAUUCCUUUGCACUACAAAGACAUGGUAAUACCUCCUCUUACACCUGUCAUAAAGAAUGUUAAAAUCACAAACUCUGGGCUCAUGGAUAUACGCGACGCCUUACAAGACCCCACCAUGGAAAAGAACAGGGCAUCUUUGAUUCCAAUUGAACGUUCCAGCUGCCAGUUCCUUUUUGCUGCCUCUGAGGAUGACCGCAACUGGAACAGUGCUUUUUUUGCCAAGCAAGCUGCUGAGAUACUUCGAAAUAAUGGCAAAGAAUCAUUUCAGCUGGUGACCUAUCCGAAAGCCGGACACUUUCUGGAAGUCCCUUACAUGCCUUAUUGUCAGUCUGGGUUUCAUGCAGCUGUAGGGAGGGAAGUGGUGUUUGGUGGAGAGCCGAAAGCCCACUCUGAGGCACAGCUGGACCUGUGGGAAAGAGUCCAGCUGUUCUUCAGGAGCCACUUGGGUAACAAGAGCACUUGUUAGCUGUCAGCGCUGUAUAAAGCUUAUUGAGUAUUCCUGAGUGUUUUUUCCUAGCAAUCCUCAUAAUUUCCUAUAGUUGCACAUACAUAGAAAUGUCAGUAAUAUUGAAUGACACUGCAGGAAUAUUUAUAUUAAGUACAGUGGAGGUCACAUGAUGUAGCCUAGACAUGUUGUGUUGCAGGUGAAUCUAAUGCUCCAGUUUAGCAUGAGAUUAUCCAUCAGUAUUGAUGUUGAAUUUACUGGUGAUAUAGCAUUUUCACUCCAGAUGUCAUUUCAUGACAUCACAAAAUCUCUGUUAUUAAAUACUCUUUUCUACCUUGUGAAGCACCUGUAUUCUCCUGAGAUCACAAGAGAAUCCAUCUUGCCAGGCUUCUAGCCACCUGUUUGUGGCUGUGACACAAGUUUGCACACAUUAACAUUCUUGACAGGUAGAUGUAAGCAUUUUUAACAAUGGCAGCUCUUACUAAAUGACUGGUUCUGGGUGCUUCUACUGUAUAAACAUGAUUGGUUGAAGUUUGCAUGAGCCUUCUUUUAAAUUGCUCUUAUUAAUGACAUUUUUAUUAUUAUAGGUACUUGCAAUCAUUUUGUGUAUGGGUUCUGUCAAAAUUCUGUAAUAUAUUUUAAAUUAUUUUAAGCUAUAUGUUGUGAUUUAAAAGUAUAUGAAAAAGUCAUUUCAGGAAAACUGAAGUUAGCUUAAUAAAUUAUUUAGUUUAUUGUAACACAGUUUUACAACAGUACUGCACAGUAUUGAGUUUCAGUAACCUCCCCGAAUAAAUAGUAUGUGAAGUAUUUAUCAUGCAGACUUUGCACAGCCUCCCUACUUUAAUAUCUUACUAAUCUUACUACUAAUAAUAGAAAAGAUACAAACAAAUAACCAUUUGGAGCAAAAACCUCAAUGAUGGACCAUUAAAGAAUGGGCAGCUAGCAUUGUUUGAGUCCAGUCAUCUGCUCAGACGUUGGAUCACUGCAAAUCAAAUAAAAGCUGUUCUGAAUGAUCGCUUUUAUAGAUUUCCAUCCUGAUGGAAAUGGUCAAUUCCAGGAUGACGGUGCCUCCAGUGCAUUCCUCCAUUACAGUUCUAAGAUUUAUUGAAGCUUUUCUGCCCACACAUGGUGGCCCACCAUCUUUUUAAAACACCUUAUGCUGCAUUUUCCUUUACCUUGUCAUCUGUUUAUACAUGUUCUGAUAAUAUGGAAGCUUAUGAAAUAGAUUUGACUGUUACAAGUAGCUUGAAGGCUUUAAUUCCCUCACUAAAGCUAAAAACAUUAGGAUUUUACAUGAUGAGCUCUUGUAUGAUUCAAAGACUUUACUGUGAUGAGUUAAGCUGCUUUACUUGAGAUCUGCUUGAAAGA